GAACUGGACAUGUAGUUUGGACAUCUGGAAACAAAAGCUCGUCCACAGCCCAGCUUGGCUUUACAAAAACCGCUUGCGCCACAGUUCCUUCGACCACAAUUCUAUAACCCAGGAUCAUCGACAUGGACUACAAUCGAGAGCAACAACGGACAAAACUUAAUGAGGGGUAGUGUGCUGAAAGUCGUGUCGUGGAACAUCGAUUUCUCUAGUGCGGGGAUUGAGGCUCGGGCAACUUCAGCACUGGAACAUCUUCAAGAGCUGUUUGGAGAAGUCAAACAUCCAUUCGUUGUGAUGCUUCAAGAAGUGCGCCGAGAAUCGCUUCAAAUUAUCCUGGAGAACUCCUGGGUGCAGCAAAAUUUCGUCCUCUCAAACACUGAGGCUCCUGAGUCUCUUUACACGGAUAUUCCGGGAGAUUCUUUCAUCGUUAAGCGCCUCGACUGGAGAGCUGCCCCGUAUUUUACUCUCUUCAUGAUCUCGAGAAACCUGAAAGUAGAGAAUUGCUUCCGUGUCCCCUUUGUGACUGAGAUGGGAAGGGAUGCACUCUUGGUUGACAUCUCUGUAUCCAGUGCUGGAAAACGGACCAAGUCGAAAGAAUGUCUUCGCCUUUGUACGACACAUCUAGAAUCACUCUGGGAGGGAAAGGCCUACCGCCCCGGUCAGCUAGGCUUGAUUUCAACUUUGCUGAAAGGGGAACCCACCAUGAAAUCCAAGGUCGUGGCGGGACUUGUAGGUGGGGAUAUGAACGCAAUCGACCGGCCGGAACAUGAUUUCCACAGAGCGAUUGAUGUUAACCUGCAAGAUGUCUGGGAAGAUGUCCCUGCACCUGUAAUACCGGUUCUGAAGCCAUUCAAAAAAGACUUGACCUAUGGCCGUGCAAGAGGAAAUACGUGGGGAUACCAAUCGAAAAGGUCUAAGAAUCGAAAACGGAUGGACAAGUUCCUAUAUACCGGGUCCCUCGAAAUCGUCGCACUUGAUGAACCCCAAGAUGUAACUGGAAGGCUAGGGCGACUUGGCAUUGGGUUGAAAACAGAGAUAGGUGUGUGGGAGAGAGAGUUCAAGGAAACGCUUUUCGUACAGCGAAAGGGUGUAAAGAAGCCACUAAAGGAACAAUAGUCAGAACAUAUGAUUGCGAGAAUGCGAGCAAAGGGCUGGCAUGGCGGGAGGGGAUUAGUCCACACGAAGAUAAAUGGUUGGGUUAGCGACCAUUUCGGAAUUUCAGUUGGUGUCAAAGUUAUCAAGGAACGGCAGUCAACCCC